AUAACGACCAUAUAUUGAAACCAUUAUGUGUGGCAUCAUUUUGACAUUUUUUUUUAUUAUUUUAUUUUAAAAUUUUGCAACAUUUCUUUCAAAUACUUUGCCAAUAUUACUGUGUGUAUUAUAUUCUUUUCAGUAAAAGAAGCAGUCAAUUUUUAGUGAAAUCAAACUUGGCUGGUUGUUUAGCGAUUCCAUUUUUUUUUCUUUUUUGUUGCUCCAUCAUUGGUGUUGUAUUGCAUUGUUCUUUCUUUCACUCCGGAAUACAUCGGCAUGUCUGAUAUAAAAAUGUUUUCAACGAUAAAGACUACUACAUGGGCGGUAAUUUUAAUGGCCUCGUUAUGGUUCUGGUCUGGUCCAUUUUGUUGUUAUGGUUAUUCGGCCAAAUACGAUAGUAAAAGCGACAAUAAUAACGAUCAAGAUUUAAAUAUCCAUCAUUAUGAAAUUGAAAGAGUAAAAAGUGCCGUUAGUGCAAAAUGGUCGGAUGUUGAAAAGAUUGUAUCGAGUAAAAAAUUUCAAAAUGAUGAUGACCGUAUUGAGAUUAACAUUUUCCUAUUGAUAUUAAAUCCUAAUGUUAAAAACUUUCCUAAACAACAAAAACGGAUGUCAAAACAUCAAAAAAACAAAAAACUUACUGGCCACGAUGAUAAUGAUCAUAAGAUCAUCUCACAAUUUCAAUAUUCGGCCUUACAUUUCCAUUUGAUUACCGACGAAUAUAAUUUGAUCAAGGAUAAUGAUGUUGGCAAGAAAAAGUUAUUUCACUUUAUUGUUAUCAAUAAUGAUGAUGGGAAUAGCCCUCAUAGACAAUAUAACAAAAUGUUCAAUUAUUUACGUCAGCAUUCGGCUAUUGAAGAACGAACAAUUAUUGAUAAAUGGCAAUUGGAACGCCAUCCUUUCAUGUUAGUUAAGUUGUCCAAUAAACCCCGUGGUGCCAAUGUUCAAAUUAUGAAAAAUUUUGAUAAACCACAUGCAAUUAUGAUGAUAUUCUGGUUUGGCAAGGUAACUCAUCUUCCAUUGCUUAGAUAUACUGGAAUUGGACACAACCAACUAUCCAACACGGUCAACAUUUUGAUUAUUUUAAUUUCAUUGAUAUCGUUCAUAAUGGAUCAACGUAGAAAACGACCAUAUCUUCAACAAUUCACUUCGUUGCCUGCUUUAUUAUUUCCGAUUGGUUUUGUUUGGAGUCAGAUUCACGGUGAUUCAGAUAAGAAUGGACAAAAUUUAUUUGGAUCAAUUAUUAGCUUUAGUCUCAAUUCUUCUGCACAAUUUUUAUCGGAAAGUUUUUUAAUAAUGACAGUUAAUUUUACUUUUUCCUAUUGCCUUUAUGUAUACACUCAAUUGAUUUCAAAUGACUAUAAGAAAUUGAAACCUGAUGCAUCUGAUCAAUCUCCUAAAAGAAAACAAGAUGGAAAAAUCAAUAUUAAGAAUAAUAAUGAUAAUAAUCGUUAUGCAACUUGCAUGCUUCUUUUUAUGGGUGGAUCAUUUUUUAUUAAAUUUGCUUUUUAA